UCUAUUCGGCCGAAAAAUAAAGAACAAUAAAAAUCGCCUUGUGGCCCGCUAAACGAAUUCGAUCGCUCCUUCAGUCCGACCGACUGCCGACGUGACCUUUCACCUGUAACCCGCGUCUCCGCGAGCGGAAAAGCAACGGCAGCCGCGUUAAUUGGAGCAGCGUGAAAAAGUUGCGGAAUAUCGUGGCAGAAGAGUGUGGAGCGAGACGGGAGAGAGCUGUAGGUCCGUCCAGCAGGCCGCCCGCACGCAUAAAAUAUGAUCAAAUUGCUCGGAAAUUGAUUUCAAUUGGCGACUCAACAAAAGCAAACUUCAAUGUCUGGCGCCCGCUGCGACUCUUGAGACUUGAUUCACUCACUUAGAAAACCAACCAGGACUUAGCCAAGCUCCGAACUGAGGCUUUUUGGCCAUGGCCCAGCAAACGCAGCCGCAGCAGCAGACUGCGCCGCCGCCGUCGUCGACUACGACGGCUGGUGCAGCAGCGGCAGGAGCCGGUGGAGACACAGUUGCGCCUCUUUCUGCGCCCUCCACCCCACAACCAUCUACAGUCAGUGGCAAUAACAACAACAACAACACUAUUGUUUCUCCAUCGGGAAACAACAAUGUGUUGACUCCUGUCCAUGCUUUGACCUCGGCCGGCCAGCCGGUGUUUAAUCAGAUGUACAUGCCCGCCCAUGCAGCACAUCCGCACGCAGGACCCCACUAUCCGGCCAUGAUCCCGGCGCCCAUGCCCAACGUAUUCGUGAACAAUGUCACUGCCAAUGUGAAUCUGCAUGGGUGGUCUCACUCUGUGCCACCCAACUACCUACCAGGUGCCCAGCCGCACUACAUUGGCCCUGGAGAUAUGCCCCAGGAACAGGGCAACACCCUGAUGCCGCAUCUCCAGCCAAUGCCCAUUAAUCUUGCCCCACAAGGUGGUAGUCCCAAUCCCCACAAUCCGGCCAUGGGCGGAGGCCGUCGCGGUCGUGAUCGUGGACGUGGCGGGGGAGGCAACCGACGGAACGAUUACCAUGGACCACGUCAUCUUCAGCAGAGGCAACAACAACAGCAACAGCAUAUGGUUCCAAUGGCUCCGCAACAGCAACUGGUGCCGCAAGAGGGUGUCCAAGGAUCCAAUCCAGGCAUGCAACUCCAACCAGAACUGGGCCAGCAGUUGGCCCCACUGCCGGAGCAGAUUCAGCACAUGCCGUACUACGCCGCUGCGCCGCCUCAUGCCUACGCCUACGGGCCCUAUCCUUCGUCCUACUUUGCACCGCAGCACGCACCGAUGCAGCCACCCAACUCCGCUGCAGCAGCUGCCCAACAGGCCACUGGGACUCCCCUGUUUAUUUCCCCGCUGAUGUACAAUCCCAUUUGUCUGGGAGGGUACUACUACCCACCAAUGAUGCAUCCCGCGGAGUACCCGUACUUGCCGGAAGAUGCCGGCCAAGUUGGCUUGGAUGAACGUGUUCCGCAGCCGGAGGGUGGAAUGCCGCAGAUGUGGCACGCGGCUCCUAUGUACGCCGAGGAAUAUGCCGAGGUUCUGCAGCAACAACAGCAGCAGCAACAGGUGGCUGUGGUGCAUGCCAACGGAGUGGCUCCACCAGACGAUAUCAAUCACAACAGCGCGUCGCUGCCCUCGUCGGAGACCUCGAGCAUGCUGAGCCCCAACUACCCGAUUUACGAUCCCCAAAUGCACGACCUUCACCACCAAAUGGGCGUGAUGCAGAUCUACGAGGAUGGUCAGCUGGCCACUCUCCAGCCCAUCCACCCAGGUGCUGCUCCAGUGCAGCAGUACGAGGAUGAACUCCCCGAGUGCGGCGUCGUUCCUCCUCCUGGAGCUAUUCCAGUGACUUGGACAGCCGCCAUGCCCGUGCCCGCGGACGUAGCCCCACCGGCGUUGCUGCCGGCACCCCCCACCCAUCAUAUCAUGCAACAGACGUCGCCCAUCCUAAUCGAGCAGCAGCCACAACUGGUUCAGGCUCCUCCCCAGGCUGAGACACCUACUCCCCAGCAGCAGCAGCCCCAGGAGCAAAUGGCUGACAAAAACCUGAUCAACAACAACACAGAGGUGGUGGUCCUGGAGGAUAAGUUGGCCAAUGAAAAGCAACAGCAAUUGGAUCUGGAAUACCACCACCAGCAGCAGCAGCAACAUCAUCAUCAGCAGCAGCAGCAACAGCAACCACAGCAGCCAACCAAAGUGCCAAACCUUGUCGUAGCAACAGUGGCACCUCAACAGCAGCCUCCUGUUCCACAGCAGCAGAACCAGCAGCCACCGCAGCAACACCAGCAGCAGCAAACAUCGCCAGUGGUGAUGCCACAGCAGCAACACUCCAGCUCCAGCUACCAUGAGCAACAUCAUCUCCAACAGCAACACCAACAGCAGCAGCAACAGCAACCACAGCGGAAGCCACCACAGCAAUACAAUCAAUCGCAACAGCACCAGGUGCGUCGCAAGUACUCCUCGGAAUACAAUCAUCAUCACCAUCAGAACAGCAAUAGCAACAGCAGCGACACUGGCAUCCAGACCACCAAGACCAUGUCCUGGACGAACUCUGCCCAGCACAAGAAGUCAACGCAAUCGGUAUCCGUCACAGCAUCUCCCAACAGUGUGAAUAAUGGCCCCGGAGUGGGAGUGGGUGUGGGUGGGGGAUCGGGAUCAGCUGUAAACCAAAAAAGCAACUAUAGUCACACCACAAAGACGUUCACCAACCAACAGCACUACCAGCAUCAGCAUCAGCACCAGCAGCAACACUACCACAAUCAGAAUAACUACAACAGCAGCAACAACACCUCCAACAGCAACCUGAACAACAACAACAACAAUCAGCCACAGGUGCGUAACUAUGGGACCAUGAAGGUGCCAUCAUCGCCAGUGGCCAGCACAGCUCCGACGCUGGAGAGGAAGAACAGCCAGCAAGGCACAGCCGGCAUGGCAGUUGCGACGGCAACCACUUCAGCUGCCUCGUCGGCCAUUCCGGCGGCAAUCACAACAGCAACUACCUCAACGGCCAGCAUAACGGCCACGCCGAACCAAUUCCAGGUGGAGACCAAUACUAGCAUCAUUACAGUGGCAACUGCCACGCAGGCUGCUCCGCCGCAGAUUGCCGGUGCAAGUGCUGCCCCAGUGGCAGCAGCCGCAACAGCACCACCACCAAAGUCCUUUGCGACCAAGAAGCACCAGAGCUACGAGCCACCCGUCCUCAGCUCUGUGGUGGCUUCCACGCCGAGUCCAUCGAAUCCGCAACCGCCGUUGAAUCUGGCGCCGCCGGCACCACCAGCCUCGCAGAACAGCGGCGAGAGUGCCCAGCUGUCGUGGGCCAGCCUGUUCGUCAGCAACAAGCCGGUGGCCAAGGUGGCCCCCUACGAAGCCACCAAGCCCCUGCAGCAGCAACCACAUCCCGUGAUGCAACUGGCUCCACCACCUCAGCCUGCACCACCUCAGGCGGUGGCCACUCCCCAGCUCCAGCUGGCGCCACCGCCGAGUGCACCCCUGCUGACGGUCCACCAGCAGUCGCAGCUGCCAGCCCCAGUUCCUGCUCCCACAGUUCCUCUGGUUACGCCCGGAACUCUUUCCUAUUCGGCGGCAUCCGCCCAAGCGGUUCCCGCUCCGCUGCCCAGUCCGGCCUCAGUUUCCGUAAAGCCCCUCAAACCAGAAGUAGUGCGCCCCGCCCAGCAGCUGGACGAGUGGACCAACAAGUACGCGGAAUACCUGACCCGCCACAAGACCUACUUUGCGCCGAUCAGCCUGCGCCCUCGUGGCCUGACCAACCGAUCCAACUACUGCUACAUCAACUCGAUCCUGCAGGCCCUGCUGGGCUGCUCCCCGUUCUACAACUUGCUACGAUCCAUUCCCAAGCAGGCGGCAGUCCUGAGCGAGGUGAAGACGCCCACAGUGAAUGCCAUGAUGUCCUUUAUGUCCAACUUCUCGUCGCUACCCAGCGGUUUGCGCCUGCGGCUCAACCCCAUCAACAAGGGAUCCCAGAACAAGGGAAAGGACGAGUUCGUUGGCUCCGACUUGCAGUGCGACAUGGCCUUUGAGCCCACUGAGAUCUACAAGCUGUGGAACGACAGUCGCGAAGAGCACGUCGAGGGACGCCAAGAGGAUGCUGAGGAGUUCCUGGGAUAUGUGCUCAACAAGCUCAACGAUGAGAUGCUGGAGGUCAUCAAGCUGAUCGACAAGCCCAGUGCCCAACAGAACGGCCAGGAUCAGUCCGAGCCGGAAGAUGGCGGCGAUGUUUGGCAGAUGAUAUGCAACAAUCGCAACAAGGGCAGUGUCACCCGCCAGACUGACUUUGGACGUACUCCGGUCAGCGAUAUAUUCCGCGGGGAACUGCGCUCCCGGCUGCAGCGUGAGGGAGAACACUCCACAGAUGUGAUUCAGCCCUUCUUUACUCUCCAGUUGAACAUCGAGAAAGCCGCUUCAGUCAAGGAGGCCUUGGAGAUCCUGGUCGGCCGUGACCAGUUGGAGGGCGUCACUGGCAGCAAGACCAAGCAGGAGGUGGUGGCCUGGCAGCAGAUGACUCUGGAGAAGCUGCCAGUUGUUCUAAUAUUGCAUUUGAAGUACUUCGAUUACCGAUCGGAUGGAUGCACAAAGAUCCUCAAGAAGGUCGAGUUCCCAGUGGAGCUCAAAAUAGAUGCCAAGAUCCUUGGAUCAAAGAAGACCGCCCAGAAACAGCGAGCCUACCGCCUAUUCGCAGUCGUCUAUCACGAUGGAAAGGAGGCCUCCAAGGGACACUAUAUCACGGACGUUUUCCACUCUGGCUACAGCAGCUGGCUGCGAUAUGACGACAGCUCGGUGAAGCCGGUCAGCGAGAAGCAUGUUCUCCAGCCGCACACUCCGCGGGUGCCUUACCUUCUCUACUAUCGUCGCUCGGAUACUCUGCCCCAGCAGCCGCCCAGCCAGCAGACCAACGGCGGCGGAUCCGGUCCGGUGGGCAGCUCAUCCUCGUCCAACGCCGGCGACAAGUGAAUCGGAUCAGAACUUAGGAUCAGUGUUAGGCGAUAUAUAUAUAUUUUUGGGUCAGUGCGUGGAUGAAGAGGGGAGUGUUUGCGAGUCGAGUUUUGUUUUAUAUGCAUAUACAUAUACAAAUUAACAAUUAGAUAUAUUCGAGCGGUAUAUAUUUAAGCCCAAAGUCCAAAGUAAUUGUGCGAUUGUGUGAGAGAUAACUUAGCUCUAAGCUAGACUAGACUUAAGAUGAGCCGAAGCAUAAGAACGAACGAAAACUUUGUACAAAAGGGAGUGUGGGGGUAGAGUGCAUGAGAACUCUGGUAGCUCACCAGCUAGCAUAUUAUCAUUGAACCCUAGUGCUAGUUCUAAAUCCGAUAACUUAUCCAUUUCUCCAUUGUUCUGUUGAAGCACAAAGA